UAUCUACACAGAUUAUACAUACAUUUUGCAACAACUGUAAGUCGCCAAAUCUAGAGUUUUUUAGAGGGCGCUUCCACCAGCAGCAGCCAAUCUCCACCAUUGCCGCGUUCUUCAAUUUAAAGAAUGAACCAAAUCGUGUCUGUUCUGGAACCUUGGCUCGUAAACCAUCCCAUAAUCCUCAACUUCCAAUGGAUCGAGGGCCGCACCCUCGGCUCCACGCCCCUCUUCCUGACCCUCACAGUCUGCUCCUACCUCUCCCUGAGCCUCCUGCUCCGCCACGUCCCACUGCCCUCCAUUUCCCCUGCCUUCCUCGCCCCAAUCUCAGCCCUCCACAACCUCACCCUCCUCCUCCUCUCCCUCCUCAUGGCCGUCGGAUGCUCCCUCUCCGCCCUCCGCCACGCCCACUCCGUCGUCUGCCUCCCCCCACCUACCUCCCGCUCCGGGCCUCUCUUCUUCUGGGCCCACCUCUUCUACCUCUCCAAGAUCCUCGAAUUUGUGGACACCCUCCUCAUCAUCCUAAGUGGCUCCUUUCGACGGCUCACCUUCCUCCACGUGUACCACCACUCCACCGUCCCCAUCAUGGCCUAUCUCUGGCUCCACACUGCCCAGUCCCUGUUCCCUGUGGCGCUCGUGACCAACGCCACCGUGCACGUGGUCAUGUAUGGCUACUACUUUCUGUGCUCCGUUGGGGUUCGCCCCACGUGGAAGAGGCUCGUCACUGACUGCCAGAUCUUGCAGUUUGUGUUUAGUUUUGUGGCUUCCGGUUGGAUGCUGUACGAGCAUUUUGGAGGCUCUGCUGCCGGCUGCUCUGGCAUCUGGGGUUGGUGUUUUAAUGCUGUUUUUAAUGCCUCUCUUUUGGCUCUGUUCCUCAACUUCCAUUUUAAAAGCUAUGCUGCCAAUGCAAACAAGAGGGUGGAAUCUAAAUCCCAUUGAUAAAUAUUUGAAGUUU